CGGACUGCCGCCAUCUUUGCACUACUUGUAAACAUGUCGGAGGCUGAACAGAACACAGUAGUUAUUGCGGUGGACGGAAGUGAGCACUGCAAAAAAGCUUUCGAUUGGUACUGUGACAAUUUGCACAAGCCUGGUGACAAACUUGUUUUUACACAUGCUAUUGAAAUGGAGAAAAGACCUGUUGUUAUGCAUCCUUAUGGGAUGGCAUUUCGAAACAAUUACAUGUCAUGGCUUGGGAAAAGUCAAAAUGAGACAACAGAGAUUUUGGAAUCAUUUGCCAAUACAUGCAGAAACAGGAAGUAUAACUUCAAGCUGAUUUCAGAAAUUGGCAAAGCUGGAGAGGUUAUUUGUCAUACAGCCAAUAAAGAAAAUGCAAGCCACAUAGUGAUGGGAAGUCGAGGAUUGGGCACUGUGCGGCGGACGCUGUUAGGAAGUGUUAGUGACUAUUGUCUUCAUCAUUCUCCUGUCCCUGUGUCAGUGGUGCCUCCCACAAGCAGCCCUUAAUAAUGCACUUAUUUAAAAAAAAACUGUCAAGACGUGUUUAAUAUUUUGAAGUGUUCAGGUUCAUAAGGGAACUUGUGUAGUGGAAUAUUAUUAUCUAAUCUAUGAGUGUGGCCCAUACACUGUAGUUGAAAAAGAACAUGGAAGACUCCAAAGUGGUUAGAACAUCAUUAGCGCAGGAGCCGAACUAUGUUCUUGUCGCAUUUUGCCGUCACCCAUAACCUUUAACUGAACAUACGCAUGGCAAAAUGGAAUAUAUUGGUGCAACCUUAAGCAUCAGAUGGUAAUGGAUGAUGUAUGAGCAAAUUGAUAAAACUGAGUAAUACUGAAAGAGGCGUUGUUUGAUUUUAUAGGAAAACGCCCAAGGAUAGAUUGAGGGUAGAUUUUUUUCCCUAACUUUUGUUGCGAAUAUUAUUGUUUCUUGCGUUGUUGUCAAAGUAAUAACCAGGAAGAUUGACAAUUUUAACGUCUGCAAUCUAUGUGCAAAGGCGAUUUCCAAGUCUUUCUCAUGUGCUGCCAUCGUGUAGAUUUUCGUAUAGCAUUUACCAGUCACGAUAAAAUAUGCUUACCGAGAAAAUAACAUGAUGUGUCUUUUUAUGUUAAGAAAUGUUUGUUAAGAUUUGAAGAGGAUUCCGCGGCAAAAACAAGCCAUUCCAACAAUCGAUGCAGAACUUCAUUUAUGAAAUUAUAGAGCUGUUACAAAGAAAUAUCAAGUUGUUCAAAAAGCGUAAGAGUUCUUACCUUACCACUUAUUUCACUCCAGCUUUGAAAUAGCUCCGUUCUCAGUAUCUCCGUUCGCACAAAAACACCAAACCAGCGUUUUCCGGUAAAGUAAACAAUUUAUCCGGAUUAGAGAGAACGGUGGGUAAACCGUGGAAAUAAAAUUGUGUUUUUAAUUUUUUCAGCCGCGGGGCUUGAGAUUUCAAGUGUGCGCGCGCUCACCCUCUAUGACACAAUGGUUGUAUAAUAUAUUAAUCACCUUAUCAGCAUGGAAAACAAAGGU